AUGGCAACGACUUGCGCCGGAAUACUCGGUGAUCCAUCACCCCGGCCCGAACCCGACUUAAAGCAGGCUGUGAUUGUCGGCAUGCUGGGCGGACCCGGGUCCGGUAAGGGAACGCAAUGCCAGAUGCUUUCGCAGAUCUUCGAGCUCGCGCAUAUCAGCAUCGGAGAUGUGCUGAGGCAGGAGAUCAAUCGCCCAGGCAGUCAGUAUGCCGGUAUCAUCCGCGAAAACAUGAUGGCUGGCAAAGUCGGCCCCAAGGAAAUCACCAUCUCCAUCGUGAGAGAUCACAUGCAGAGAAGUCUUGCCGAGGGGACGCGCGCCUUCAUUCUCGAUGGGUUCCCUCGCAACAUGGAGCAGUGCAACUACUUUGAACAGAUAGUCGGUCCAGUUACGCUCCUCCUUGUUCUCGACUGCCCAGAGUCGACGAUGGUGGAGCGUCUGACGCGCUCUGAUCGCAAUCGGUUUGACGACACUGAGGAUAAUAUCAGGAGGCGCAUCGAAACUUUCCAGAAUACAACGUCCGAGGUGAUCGAGAGUUUCCGAAGGAGGAACAAGCUUCACAAUGUCAACUCCGACCGGGAACCCGGCCUGGUGCGGAACCAGGUAGAGGCCAUUCUAGAUGGACUUGUCACCAAGCGAGCAGGUAUGUACAAUACUUACCAAUCGUUCAUAAGUCCGCGAGCAUGA